GUGGCGCGUCCCGCGUCCGCCCCCUCCGUCGCUCGCGCGCGCGCUCUCGGGCCCACCCUUGCGAUUUCCGCGGUUUAUCGCGCCGACCUCUCUCCCGGCGCGCGCCUAGGAAGUUUCUCUCCCGCACAUGCUGCCGCCUGCCGCCCCGCAAUCGCGUUAACGCUGGUUAACGCCGCUCGAGUGACCGCCUGGCCGAGCGAGGGGGAACGAACGCGCGUCGCAACGAAGAAAGAUGCGGGGCGGCAGGAGAAAAAAGAAAGCCCACCACUGAGUAGCCCCGGAACGAGAGCAUGCGGUCAGCCGAGGGUGACGUCGGCGUCGAUUCUCGCGUACAAUCGGCAGAAUCCGAUGUAUAUGAUGAAAGGGGCUUAUUAGUAUGCUGGAUAAGCGGCGGCUACAUGCCUCCGGUACUUCGCCAUGCACCCUCAUCUUCGUGGUCGUUUUGGCACUAACUGGAUGCUUCUCGUUUUGGAUUCAUAUCGAUGGUUCAGGAUCGCCGAUCCCCUACUCCAGCGGCGGUGUGGCCGCGCCAGGAUAUAUCCUUAUAUUUCCCGGAAACAUCACGCCCUCCACGCAGCCCUACUCGAUAAACGAACUUCCGUCCGAUGAUAAAUCCACGCUCAUCAACAUCACGGACUUCAGGUUCAUCAUGAACCACAAUCCCUGCAACCGUACGCAGCCGUUGCUGCUAAUGCUGGUUCAUUCGGCGCCAGGGAAUUUCCCGAAGAGGCACGUCGUGCGGGAGACCUGGGGUCAACAAGCGCCGGACGUGACUUUAUUGUUUCUCGUGGGAUACUCGGAGAAGUAUCAAUCCAUGCUCGAGGAGGAGAACAAGAAAUACCAAGACUUAAUACAGGGAAACUUUCUCGAUGCCUACAGAAACAUGACCUACAAGCACGUUAUGGGAUUAAAGUGGGCUACUUAUUAUUGUCCAAGUGCCAAAUAUAUUCUUAAACUAGACGACGAUGUUUUUGUUCAUUUACCUGCCAUGCUGGACUUUCUUACGCAUGGCCUCUCGCCGUGGGGUGCAAGACGUCUGAUUCUCUGUGAUCUUCUGUCGGCUUCCGCAGUGAAGAGAUCUUGGCGCUCCAAGUGGCGCGUCUCUCCUCAGGAGUAUCCCGGUAGAUUUUAUCCCGCGUACUGUGCCGGAUGGGCGAUCCUAUAUUCCCCCGAUAGUGUAUUUAUACUGUACCGCGAGGCCCAGCGGGAGCCGUACUUCUGGAUCGACGACGUGCACAUUACCGGGACACUGGCUAGGAAAGUAAAUUUAACGCAAACCUCAUUACACUCUUGGGUGCUUACGACCGAGAGCAUGCGGGACCUGUUGUCGAAUCCGAGCGCUCGACGGGAUUUUCUGUUCGGGCCUCCGGAUCUAACGGAGAGCGGAAUACGAGCCUUACAUAGUCUGGUUACUAAACCACGGCCUAGCAGUGAAAGCCUAUUGAAUUAAUUAACGUCUAAUAGAACAAUUUCAUUUACACUCGCUCGCCAUAAACACGAGGACGGGAGAAGAGAGAUACGAACAGCGAGUGUUCUCACAUACUUUCUGCGUAUCUUAAUUCUAUAUGCAUCGCGGUACGCCCUGUACAACAGUUCAACGUAAGUGUUCGAUUAUUUGCACAAUGUACAAACGCCAUGUUAUGUAUGAUACGUACGUAAUAAGUGCGUUACAUAUAUGUGCAUAUGUGGGUGUAUAUAUAGAAAUAGAUAUAAAUAAGUAAAUGAAUAAAUAUAUACACAUACAGACGCGGCGAACACAUAUGCAUGUGUAACAAAAUAUUACGAAACUUGCGAUUGUCUUACGUAAACGAGGAAUGAAACGGGUAUAAUUUCGGUGAACUCAAUUCCCCGUUACUGUAGAUAACAAGAGGCACACACAGUCGUGUCUCGCGCCAAGUCACGGCCAGCAAACAGCGUGGUGGUAACGUGUACUUAUAUGCGAUCCGUCUAGUUUUAGAGUACUUUAAAUUAUCGAAUCUCAGAGUAAUAUUUGGACCGGCCGAGUUCCUAAUAUUUGGAAAAGACCCUUACGCCGACUCUUGCAUUUACACUCGUCGCGAAUAACUCAGAGGGAUCAAUCUCAUGCGUCUGUGGCAUCCGAACUCGGCGGAAUAAUACCAGUUUCAAUUCCUGUAUUAAAUUAUUAUUUAUAUUUCAAAAAUACUCAGAUAAAUAAGCGUAGGUUUAUCCGCGUCAUAUUUACUUACUCAAUGGAGAAGGCUCAAUUCUCUACUCGAAACCGUUAAGGACGUUCAUCGGUAAAUCGCUUUUCUAUGUAUUCAAAUUUCGACCAUAUGAUAUUAAUAGUGUUAUCUAUACGCCUGCUGAAUUUUUAAAACCGUGUCCGUACCAAAGUCGAGAUAUUCAGUAUCAAAGUAAGGGCCUCAGCAGAAUGGUUGCCUUGUACUCUUAAGACAUAAAGCAGUUAUUGUGCGUUACCUCAAGACAAAGGCUUAAAACAUAAAACAUUGUCUUAAGGCUGUCUUAAGAGUAUAAGGCAGCCAUUCUGCACAAGCUCUUACUCGUAUAGUAUACGCGAAACGUGUGCUGCAGGGAUAUUUUAAUUUAUUGUGACAAAAAUUGUUUAUAUAUUUUACUGAAAAAAACUAAGCUAUGAUGCAUAAUGAUAUUAGAAAUGGCGGAGGAAAUUAUAUAAGUCGCCAGGAGUAAUUCAAAAACUUCAGAGGAUUGUUUGACCAUGUCUGGCAAAUUUUAACGUUCAAAAUCACGACGUUUCGACCACUGUCAGUCAUGUUCUGUCGUUCGUGAAAUCAUGACCGGCUCCUUUACUUCACUGAUUAUUGAUUUACUGACAAAUUCAUCACUCGAAAAUGACCACAAACAAUGGUCGAAACGCCGUGAUUUUGAACAUAAAAAUUUGCCGGACAUGGUCAAGCAAUCCUCUGAAGAUAUUAUAUAUUACAGGGAAAUUAUUGUAUAUUACAAGAUGGGGAUACGUGGCCGUACCGUUUAUGCGUAAUUGUAAUUCGAAAUUCUCCAUCUGACGAUACUUCGAAGCGUGUCGGCCAAUAUACAUUCACAAAGGCAACAUUAUUCGAUCUUCGUUUUUCACAAAGCGUGCUGAUGUAUACAUAUAAGACUCAGAGUUGCGUUGAAAACUUUUGGCUACGAUUACAGCCGAUGAACGUCCUUAAUCGGUAAUCAGGGCUUGUAAUCAAACGUUUCGAAUAAAACUAAUUCCGAGCUCGUUCACAAUUUUAUAUAUUGUAACUUUUUUAAAUGAUUUAAAUUAUAAUUGUAUAUACUUACAUAUUUUAAAUACGAAGUAAACAAUUGUUUACAGCACAAUUGCAAUACUUGAUUUUUUAAUGUGUAGAUUGUAUUAUUUUAUCAGUCACUUGACUACUGUGUAAUACGCACGAACGCACACACGCGCACGCACACGUAUUUUUAAACUUCAGUGUUUCGGGAUGUAUACGCAAGCUGUUCGAUUUAUUAUUCGGUUUCGUAAGUUGUUUAUGAGCCCUGGUUAAGUGAAUUGAAUUAAGUUGAUAUUUUACGUAAUCUCAAAAAUAUUAAUUUAUUACUCUAAAAGGACGAAACGUCAGCUAUUUUUUUAUUUGUACUCUUAUAAAAAUGCCAACAUACAAUAUAUUAUUAUAAGUACGGAAAGGAUUAAUCUCGAAGGGCGGCGAAAGUUGAACGCGAAACUUUACUGUCUCGCGAUCGCAAACAUACUCCCUCUCGCAGUGAUAGAAAUUUGCGGGAGACGAGCGUGUCACAUUAUAUUGUAAAUUUAUUAAUCGGCGACAAGCAACGGAAUUUCAUCGUGGAGCCACGCUUGUGAAUGUACUUAAAUGUAAUGUAAUAACAAGCAAAUUUUAAGAUAUUACAUUGUUACGCAAGGACAUUAACGAGUCGGAUUAAUAUUGUUACGUAGCAACAAGUACAACCCCACAACAAAGGGUCCACUCGCAAUUAGAUACAGAGAUCGCAGAUAUUUGUCCGUUUUUGAACGUCUAUAAAUUUUUUAUGUGAAAACCCGUUGGUCACCACAAUUGUAUCCGGUACUAUGAAAGUACGUGCCUGCAAACUGUAACGUGUCAAGCGUGGAAAUUGCGCUAGCUUUUAGUUACCGUGAUUUCUUUAGGAUCGACGUCGAUAUAUCACUUUGCAUUGUACUUUUUUUGUUUUCAUCUAAAAUACAACGAAUGUGUAUACAGGAUAAAACACGCCGGAUUUCACUCGUCAGCACCAUACUCGGAGCCGAAUUUCCCGUUGUGAUAUAACAGAGACGGAAGAAAUUCGUCGCUCUAUCGUCACGUCAGAUAUUAAUUCACAAGUUCUGAAACUGGGCAGUAUAUUCAUAUUGUAUUAUAUAGCAUGAAGAAAUUGGUGAUUAUUAGUUACUAAAGGAUCUCACGCAUUAUUCCUCUAUGUAUAUUCUCGGGCGUUUUUACUCGUACUGAGUUCUCCUUUAUACAUACCAUGUUAUCAUGUAUCAUUUUCGGAAAGAGGGAAGUGUCCCUAUUGCGAUGAUCAUCAGUUAUCGCAUAGUAUAACAUAAUUCUUUGUGAUGGAAUAAAUAUACUUAUAAUUUAAAUAAAUAAUGGAACUAUUUAAAUUACACGGUGUACUUUUCAUGUUCAUUCGUAUUGACUUUGCGUAACUUUUAUUCGUGUGUAGCGAACAAAAGGUAUCUUUAGUAAUCGUAAGUCACAUUAAAUAUAUAAUUUAAUGUGAAGAGGCGUACGCAGAGAUGAGCACAAUGUCAAAAGUGGCGAUUGAAAUAUGUCACUAGGAGCCUAAACGCAAAAUUAGAAAUUAAAUACACUAUUAUUACGUAAUGUUAUGUAAAGAAAGCUGCGUUUUACUUGUUAAUUAAUCAUCACUACAUCUUAUCUGUGAUAAUUGUGGACUUGGAUGAGACAAUCAGAUAUUACGACUGAGAAUAGGGUGAGACAAGAAUAUAUAUAUAUAUAUGUAGAAGUAACGUACAAUCGGAUAUAUACUUUAUUGGUCCAGCUGUUUAACUACGUAGAACUAUUUAUAAAACUUUACAAAAUGCUCAACGUGUUGCAAUAAGGGAACCUUGCUUAGGUAUAUUUACAAGGCAACGGAGUUACGCGAUUUCUAAGAAUCGAUUGACGACAAAGCUGUUAUGCGAUUAGCAUUAUUACCGCAGGUUCCUCGAGAACAUCCAUUACAGUUUCGGUGAUAUUUCGGAUUAAGAUAUUUUCAUCGUCAAACGCAACGUGAUUGUGCAAUACUUCCAAGCUCGGAUUUCGAUCUGGCUACAUAUCUCUUUCAAAACCAUGUAGAUAUAACAUUUAACAAAAUUUUAAAUGUCAUACAAAAUUCAAUCAUUGUGAGGAACAUUUAAUCCUUCGUACACCCAUAUCGUAGACGACAUAGAUUGCAUACGCAUUAAUUCUAAAUGAUUAUUCUGAAAAAUCAUAAUCUUUAAUAUAAACGGCAAUUUACGAAUGAAGUAGCAUACAAAUUGUCUAUUAUUAGAUUUUAAUGAUAAUUUAUUAAUCAUCAUAGAUUUAAUAAUGUAAAAAGCACGUACGUUUUGUAUAUAUCACGCGAGCAAAAUGUACCAUACAAAGUAUACCAUGAUAUUAUGAUAUAGACAUAAAAGUAAUUAAUAGCGUCAAA